AUGACCCUCAUUCGUCAGUCCCCGUCCUCCGACCAAUCAGAGGGUUCAUCGAAGGGUCAAAUUAAUACCCAAUACGCCAAUCAUCAAUUAAUCGUAUCUAGCGAAAUCGAAAAGAAUCUUGUUCUUGUUCUUACUCUCGCUCUCGCUCUCGCUCUCCUCCUUUUUGCUCUUGUCCUUGAUUUCCCCGUCCAGCUUCGAUCGCAGACAAAUCAUUCGUGA